AUGAGCAAAGUGCUGAGACGAUUAGCCUCGACCAAAGUGGUAGUAUUCCCAGGACAAGGUCGGUUUGACUUGAGAUCGUUAUCCAAACUGGCAGAGCACAAGGAAAAUCCUGUUGUGAAGACAAUUCUUCGGGAAGCUGACGAGACCCUCCCCACUUUGCAACUGUCCAAGUUCAUCACCGAUCCGCAAGCCGCUUUGCGCACAAACACCACGCAGUCUACGUCAGUUCAGCAGCCGCUGCUGAUCUUGACGUCAUUUUUGGCAUACAACCUGCUCAAAUCAGAAAAAAACAUCAAUCUUUUAGAUGGUACACAGUUUUUACUAGGCCACUCCUUGGGAGAAAUCAGCGCAAUGGUGGUACAGGACGCAGUCCCCUUUUCUGCGGGACUGGAAUUGGCACAUACAAGGGGACUUCUGAUGGAAAAAACAGUCGCCAAAACUGGCAAUUCGUACUCGACCCAAGCACUGCUUUUCGAACCCACGCAUUAUAAGUACAUCGAUAACCUUUUGGCACAAGUGGACAUCCAAAUAGGCAAUUAUAACAAUUAUCAGCAAAUCGUGGUGAGCGGGGUUCGGUCGCAGCUGUUGGACAAAAUUGAUCAGAUGAGAAUGAAAUUGGUCAAGGCUGGUAUAUGGAAGACCAGGAUCCGCAACCUGGACUUGAGAGUUUCCAUCCCGUUCCAUAACCCACUUCUGAGAGAGAUCGAGCCGGAUCUGGAAGAGAUCUUUGAGCGUUCGUGCAUAUGCUCCGAUCUGAAGGUGCCUGUGCUUUCAAAUCUCAACGGAGAAAUCGUGAAAGACGCUAAUGAACAGGCUAAAAACAUCGUGCAGGUCACCUCGAGACCAGUUCAAUUUGUGAAAUGUCUGGAGAAACUCAGCGAGUUGGACACAGAUCUCGAGUUUGUCAGCUUUGGUGCAAUUCCACUGAAAAUCAUUGACCAGUUCUUUCAUGACCUUAAAAGACUCAAGUCUAUAAAUAUCGCACAUUCGGGUCGCACAGUCGAUCAACUAUUUAACGACCCGUGA